AUGAAUUUGAAUAAAAUCCAGAUGCUUACUGGAUCAAACUUUAAGGCCUGGAGGAGUGGUGUAGAGUUCUAUCUCAUGAUGCAUGAAAACAUGGACUUGUGUUUUACUGAUGUAAAGCCUUAUGGAAUAGAUGCCAAUAGCUCACGUGAUGAGAAGAAAUAUUAUCGAGAUUGGCAUAGAGCAAAUUAUAGAGCUAAGAAUGUGAUGAGGACUACCAUGACUGAUACCGUGAGGGGUAGCAUAGAUGAACCAGCCUUAGCAUUUGACUAUAUGGAUGCCAUAGCCGAGAAAUUCAAAGAGAGCAAUAAGGCUGAGGCAUCAAGGCUCUCCAAGGAGAUGAAUGAGCUAAAAUAUACUGGUAGUGGAGGAGUUAGGCAACACAUUAUGAAGCUCACUGAGUUGAAUGCUAGACUUAGGGAUCUUGAUAUGGGAGUUCAAGAUGACCACUUGUUCACAAUGCCUUAG